CGACGAACCCCAGCCUAUCGGAAUUUCGGCUCCAGUCGUUAACUCUGUGAAGGCAGCAUCUCAGGAAUUGCAUCCGUUGGCUGACAAUCUCGCCACUCACCGCCCGCCCAUGAAGCAUUCAGAGCGGCAUGGCAACGGCGGCGAGACAAGGGGAGGAGGUGUGGUGAGGGUGGUUGCCAGUCUAACCGGACCAGAGAGAGUGCAGCAGCAGUAGCACUAUUUCUACUCUUCGCUGACUCAAGAAACGCACCGUGUGGGACCUCGGCCAGUCAGCACACACACACUGAUAAAACAAUGCACCAGCGCCGCCGCUCCGCACAGUCGCUGCCGCUGACCAGGUGUUGGACUAAACAACAGGGACGUCAUUAACGUGACAUAAGAUACAACUUGUAUGUAGCCUAUGUGCUGUGCGCCCUUUUCCCCGGUCCCGUGCACAGACGAUCGUGAAGAUGCUGAGUCGACUGAUGAGCAGCAGCAUCAGGAGUCUGGACAGGGAAUGCAAUUGCACUGUGAGGCUGCUGGACGACUCGGAGUACACCUGCACGAUUCAGCGGGAUGCCAAGGGACAAUACCUGUUUGACCUCAUCUGCCACCAUCUCAACCUGCUGGAAAAAGACUACUUCGGCAUUAGAUAUGUUGACCCAGAUAAGCAGAGGCUACAGUUGCAUUGGUUGGAGUUUACAAAGUCUAUUGCCAAACAAAUUAAAUCCCAGCCUCCAUUCACCAUGUGUUUGCGUGUCAAGUUUUACCCGCCAGACCCCGCAGCCCUAAAAGAGGAAAUCACCAGAUAUCUUGUCUUCCUGCAGGUUAAGAGGGAUCUCUACCAUGGUCGCCUUCUGUGCAAGACAUCAGAUGCUGCUCUGUUGGCUGCCUACAUAUUACAAGCUGAAAUUGGUGACCACGACCCUGGGAAACACCCAGACGGCUACAGCUCCAAGUUCCAGUUCUUCCCCAAGCACUCAGAGAAAUUGGAGCGGCGGAUUGCUGACAUCCACAAGACUGAGCUAAUAGGUCAGAGUCCUGAAACGUCAGAGCUCAACUUCCUCCACAAGGCUCAGAUGCUGGAAACGUACGGAGUGGACCCUCAUCCAUGCAAGGAUGUGUCUGGCAACCCAGCUUUUCUGGCCUUUACUCCUUUUGGAUUCACUGUGCUACAAGGAAACAGGAGGGUCCAUUUACUGAAAUGGGAGGAGGUGACCAAACUCAAGUUUGAAGCAAAGACAUUCCAUAUAUAUGCAAAUCAGACGGAGGAUAGGAAGAUCAUACUGACAUACUUUGCACCUACACCUGAGGCCUGUAAGCAUCUUUGGAAGUGCGGAGUGGAGAAUCAAGCCUUCUACAAGUUGGAAAAGUCGAGUCAAGUUCGCACUGUGUCCAGUAGUAACCUCUUCUUCAAGGGUAGUCGCUUUAGAUACAGUGGAAAGGUUGCAAAAGAGGUAAUGGAACAAAGCGCCAAAAUUAAGAGAGACCCCCCUGAGAUACACAGAGCUGGCAUGGUGCCAAGUAGGAGCUGUCCUUCCAUCACUCACGGCCCUCGUUUGACCAGUGUGCCCAGGACCCGACGAAGAGCUGUGCACAUCUCCAUCAUGGAGGGUCUGGAGUCCCUUCGUGACAGCGCCCACUCCACACCUGUGCGAUCCGUCUCCCAUGGCAGUUCCUUCAUGUCUUCUCGGGGCCACAUGAUGGAUGGCAACGAGGCAAGCACGUCAGCAGUCAUCUCAGAUGAGGCCUACAGCCCCUCCGACAGCGUGCUGCCAACACCUAUGGCCGAACACGGGAUGGAGAUGCCUUUGGCUCGUCACCUUAACGGUGCCCCCUGCAGCAACGAGGAGAAGGAGUCGGAGGCAGGCACGUCGAAGGAUGGCCACCCAGCAGAUUUUUCUUCCGGCAGAAGAGCACUGCGUAUUGUCAGGGGCAGGUCAUCACCACCGAGCGAUGUGGAGGAGCUGAACAAGUUCAUCCUGAGUGUGUUGCGUCUGUUCCUGGUUACCAUUGGACUGCUGUUCGCCCUGCUGCUGCUCCUCAUCAUGCUGACAGAGUCAGACCUGGACAUUGCCUUCCUGAGAGACAUCCGCAAGACACCUGAAUUCCAGCAGUUCCACUUUGAAUACUUCUGCCCUCUGCGACGUUGGUUUGCCUGUAAGUUACGGUGGAUGGGAGGUUUCCUCAUCAGCAACUGAAGCAGAGAUUGAAUGACAACAGGCUUCUACUGAUAAAUAUGGGACACAUACUGUACAACGGAGAGGGUUGGAGGAAGAGAGAUGGCAGCCCUUUCCUAAUAUCAACCAAGUUUUUCCCAAGUUCCUGUCACAAGCCAAGGACUGUCCCCUUAAGAGCCUUGAUUAUUAUGUUUGACCAUCACUGCGAGCAAAGGAAAUCACAUUUUAAUUCAGGUCAUUUCAAGACAUUUUAUUUUUACACAAAGCCACAACAUCAGGGUUAAAUUCAAACAGUGAAAGGGACAAGCAAGUCUGACAGACUUCACUUAGUUUACCACAGAUGAUAGUUGCCUUUAUUUUUGUAUUAAUUGAUGUGUUGCAACAUUAUUGUAAGACAGAAUGACCCGAUGUGUUGGGAUUUGUGUUGUGAAACCUGAGAGAUUGAGUUCAAGUUUUGAAAGAAGAUGAGAGCCAGUCUAGCUCAUCUGAUUUUCAUAUUUCAAAGCCAACAUCAACAAUCAUGAUAACAUGUUAUUAUGGUCAUGGCGAUCAUGCGAUGAGAUUUUCUGUUUUGAGCUGUACCAGUAUCUGUAUCUGGGGGUUGGAGGAAGUGUGAAAUGAAAAACUAAGCAGCACUUACUGAAUGUAGAUUAGUCCUCCAGAGUCAAAUAACAUUUGCAAAUUAUUUGUUUUCUAAAAUAUUUAGACAUAAAUGGAAUUUGCCAUGUAGAGCAAUACGUGAGUGUUCAGUGACAGAAAGAUAGAAUCCCUAGAGGUUCUAGAAUCCCAAUUUAAAGAAUAGAAACACUGAGCACACUUUUAGAUGAUUGACAACUUCUUGACUUUCCUGUAUUGUCAUGAUGUGGUAUACAACCUAACAUAUGGACUAUUUAAUUUAACCAAAUGCUAAGAAUCAGUUGCAGUCACUAUUUGACCCAGGAGUGAUGUGGGUGCUGCUCAGAUGGUGUCAGAUGGCUUGAAUAAGUGUAACUUAGUUUGUGGUCCAGUGUGCUUACGUUCCCAUUUUUGUCCAGCCAUUAGAACACCAAUAAAGUUUUAUUGUCCAAUAACUAAUACUAAAACUGUAAUUAAAUUACAGAUAAUUGUAAGGAUAUAAGUAAUUAAUGGAGGUGGUAGGUUUACAGAUUUUAUAAAAUAGCAGCCAAAUAAUUAAGAUAUCUACAAUCAACUUCUGUGUGUAAGGAACAGUUGCUUUGCCGUAGUUACUUAUAGGAUAGUUGAAAAGGUAAUGGUACUAUGUGAGCUAGUGCUGUAGUGACAGUAAAGUGGUUAGUUCUUUGAGUUCCACACUCUGUAGAACGAGUUUUUCAAUGUGCAAUACUGUUAAUAUACAAACAAGAUCUUAUCCUUUACUUUUGUAAAGUACAACAACUUGUGCAAUUUUCCCACAGUAUUCAGUUAAGAGAGCUUGUUUUUGAUUCAUGUUGAGUUAAAAGGUCAUAUGUUUGUUUAACCUUGCUGUAUUCAAAUAUAUGCAUUUAUCUGUAAAGGUGGAAUAUUUAGAUCAUGUUUCCAUUUCUGUACCAACCGAUGUCACAUUAACAGUUUUCCUCACCGCGACUUUUAAUGGACUUAAAGCAUUGUUAUUCUUUUUUUUUACGGUGGAUGUAUAGUUUUCAGCUUACAAGAGAGACUAAGACAAGUCAUGUUUACGCCCAACUGCUAUGUUCAUCACACCUACCAAAGAAUCCUCUGUUGUCUAAUAUUUCUGUCAGUUUGAGUCAACAGAUGGAAACUAAUAGUCUGCUCUCCUUCUCCAGCCUUAGUAUGCACGUUAUUUCCCAGGUUAGCCUGCAUUGCAACUUUACAGCCCAGAGCGAUGAACAGCAUUAUUUAAACUACACAGUUUGAGACAGUUAACUAUUGGACCUCUCAACAAGCCUACAACUACGUGGACUAGGGUAAAUGUUGGUGUAAUUCAAGACUAAUCAACAGGUAUCUAUCAUUCCUAAAUUAAAUUUGGAUGCAAUAUUCAUGCACCAAUGGGACGAAUGAGGAAUGGUUAGGACAUUCAUUACCUGAAGGGUUAAGGAGGCUCCUAUAGGCACUUUGGAAAGUUAAUCUAUAAAUACUAAAAUAUUAAAAUCUGCAGGUUAAAAGUUUGAGAUUCAUUUGAGAAACCUGUAGUACCGGACUUCAAAUUUAGAUUUUGUACGGUAAUUGACAUUUUUUAACUUCAGAAUUGGUUAAAUAACCAGAAGUAGUAUUGAUUCCAAAUUUUCUUUUAGUUCAGAGUUGGAUGAGUUAGACAAAAAUAUUGAAAUUGUGGUUGGUUUUUUAAAAACUUAAUUACUUGCUUGCUAGUUUUUGAUCAAUCGUAUUAUAAGAAAGGUCACUUUGAGGCAGAAAAUGUACUUUUGACUUCCUAUAAUUUGAACUUUAAAGUCUCAUUUUAUGUUGUUUGUUUGUCUAUGAACCUACCAACAUAAUUUGAGCAAUAAAUAUAAAUGUAAUAAAUUUCAAUAUCCAUGAACUGCAAAUUAAUGUUCGUCUUUCUGCUAGGCGUUCAAAUGUCUUUUUAAUGGUAAAGGUAAACGUCCUGUAGAUGUGUGAAGGGAAUGCUGAUCACUGUUUCUGAUUACCCACUGUGGUAGGUCACUCUCUCCUGUAAAUCCUGUUUGAUUGUUGCCUAAUCCUAGACUGCUUCCUUGACUUAUUUUUAGAGAAACAAAAGUACAUGCAAGUUUACUUGUAAACAUACUUGUUGAUGAACUGAAUACCUGACAGACACAUUUUUACUUAACUCUGAACAGAUUUUACCAAAACGAAAGUGGAGCAGUUUGUAUCUAACCAAUAUAAAAAAAAAAAACAGAAGUGGCAUAUUCCACCACUUAUUUCUUUUUGCAAGGCAGUUAAAUAUAUUUUUUGUAAUGUUAAAAUCGGUUUCAAAUAACGUGAACGGAUGAACAGGGAUGGCAGUACCACUGACAGCCAACUCUCGUAUUCAUUUCACCUAAUCAUGUAAACAGGAAUAAGGUCUCUGAUGUGGUCUUACUGUAAGCUUCUUUCCUGUACCAUGGCAUUGCACAUGGAAAUGUCUGUAAGCAUGUGUUCUGCAUUUAUUACCUCCAAACAAGACUGCUUAUUUCCAAUCACUGACUUCAGACUGGUGUACUUUAUUUAUGAAUAAAUAAAUAAGCUAUUA